UCCUCUUGUCGCCUUGGCAACAGACAAAGGGGGGGCUCUCUUUCGGCCGGAGGGAAGAGAGAAAAGGUAGCAUCGCUCGUCACAUGACCCUUCCUGUUCUCAGCAUCUCUGUGUUGAGCUUUUCGGAGCAGGUUUCGGACCCGGUGAAAUCAGCCCGGCUUCUCUUUGCGCGGACGGACUGAUCGGGGAUCGACAUGUCAGACAUAGUUCCACCAGAGGUUAGACCCAAGCCUGCUGUCCCUGCCAAGCCCCCAAAUGUGGGCGCUCCUUCCCCUUCUAGUCCCUUCCCACCCCAGGGCCCAGGUGUGGGAGCCGGUGGCAUCGUUGCAGCCCCUCCAAGCGCUAUUCCGGUUCACAUUGGAAGUCACGGUCCCAGCCACCCUGUCGGUCACAGCGUGGGCCACAGUGUAGGCCACAGCGGUGGUCAUGCUGGGGGUCAUGCUCCAGUUCACAGUGCGGCAGGUCAUGGUCAUGGAGGCUCCCACAGCUCUGGAGGGGGCUCCACCCUGCUUGGCUACAUUGGUAUUGACACCAUCAUUGAGCAGAUGAGAAAGAAAACCAUGAAGACUGGCUUUGACUUCAACAUCAUGGUUGUUGGUCCCAGCGGCCUUGGAAAGUCAACUCUGGUGAACACCUUAUUCAAGUCCCAGGUGAGCAGGAAGAGUGCAGGAUGGUCACGUGAUGAAAAGAUCCCCAAAACUGUAGAGAUCAAGUCGGUGUCUCACGUGAUUGAAGAGGGUGGAGUCAAGAUGAAGCUGACAGUUGUUGACACUCCCGGCUUUGGAGAUCAAAUCAACAAUGACAACUGCUGGGAACCCAUUUCUAAGUACAUCAAUGAGCAGUUUGAGAAGUUCUUGAAAGAAGAGGUGAACAUCACCAGAAAGAAGCGAAUCCCCGACACCAGAGUGCACUGCUGCCUCUACUUUAUUCCCCCAACUGGACACUCUCUUCGACAACUGGAUGUCGAGUUCAUGAAGCGCCUGAGUCACUCAGUGAACAUCAUUCCAGUGAUCGCAAAGGCUGACACAAUGACUGUCGAGGAGAGACAAGAGUUCAAACAGCGUGUUAGGAAGGAGCUGGAAAUGAACGGGACUGAGUUUUACCCACAGAAAGAGUUUGAUGAUGACAUAGAGGACAAGAGUGACAACGACAAGAUCAGGGAAAUGAUGCCCUUUGCUGUGGUGGGAAGUGAUAAAGAAUACCAAGUGAACGGGAAGCGAGUCCUAGGGAGGAAGACGCCGUGGGGAAUCAUAGAAGUUGAAAAUCCAAACCAUUGUGAGUUUGCUCAGCUGAGAGAUUUCCUGAUCAGGUCCCACCUCCAAGAUUUGAAGGAGGUCACUCACAACAUUCACUAUGAGACGUACCGUGCCAAGAGACUGAACGACAAUGGAGGUUUGCACCCCAUCACUUCAAAUGACACCCAGGAAAGCAACCUGUAGUUAGGCAGUGAAAGAAUCGAUCAAGAUGAAAACAGUGCAAUGAAGCUCAUAGAGGAGUCUAUAAGAAAAUUUCUGAUUUUCACCCCCGGCUUUGCUGCAUGAGUGAAAUAACUGUUAUCAGUCUGUAAAACUUGGUGUCAACUCUGUUUGCCUCCUUCUCCAUAUUAAACCAUCCAACAUAUGUGCAUCUUUUCCCCUAAGGGACACCAUCUGAUGAGGUUUUAAUGGAAAAUUGGUGAUAUGCCUCAGCCAAGAUAAAACAUAAUUACAUUACAUCUCUGACUUGUGCAUUGCAGCUAGCUUUAGGAGAUGCUUGCUGAAGUUCUCCCCUCUCUUCCAUGGGGUAUUUGCAGAUGUCUGUUUACAAAUUAAUUACAAUAUCUCCUAAUUGAGUCAGCAGUUCACAUUCUGUCAACAUGUAAUAACAAACAUAUCAAGCGCAGACUACCACUCUGAUGCUUUUCUUUUCUGAAUAGUUAGAUACAGCAUUUACACAAACUAAUGUGAUCUCCAGCCGAAUUUAUUUUCUCCAGCACAUUCAUGAUCCAUGUUACCUGACCUUUACUUUGCAUCCAUUCCUCAUUUAUGUUUUUACACAAUAACAUGAGCGAUUACAGCUGAAAUUGGCUCAUUUUGAGGAGGCUUGUAGUUUAUGUUUUUUGUCACUUUUCUUUAAUGUUGUGUUCAAUAACAGCAACAAAAAUGUAAAAUUUUGAGUUUAUGUGUAGGGAGUAACUUAUAAGAAAAUAAUGAGUCUGAUUUUUUCAAGUCUGGGUGUAAAACACUAUACUGUCAAUACUUUCUGACUUUAAAUGUAAUAUGUGAGUUCUGAUUAUAAUGUAACGUUAUGUAGUACAACAGAGGCAGCAGGAUAUGAAGUCAAACUGUGGCUGACACCCAGAUAGGAAGCAGAGAUGCAGCAGUUAAUCAGCCAGAGAUCCGAAGUGGAUAAUUUUCCUCAGUGAUCGGCUUUGAUCAGUGAUCAGCUGGUAAAUUUUUUUUAAUUAUAUAAUAAAUGCAUCCAAGCUAAGAAGUCCCACCAUAAAUAAAGAAAUUUGAUGCUCUUUAAUUAGGCUUUGAUGGUUAUAAUUUUUGCCGGUACUUUUUUGAUUGAUUCAAAAUUGCAUCAAAAUAUCUGACUUGGUGAAAAUCUGAAUCUGCAGGUCAAAUCUAAAAUAGUUCAGAAUUGGUAAUGUUUUAAAAAAGGCCUGAUCAAUGCAUCUCUGCUAAGAAGACAUUUUGUCUGCUUCAAAAGGGAUUAUUUCUAUCAGGAAACUUGCACUGAUUUAGAUUUUUUGAAUGGGUGACCAAAACUCACCAUACCAUUGUGCGUUUUUUUUCUAUUUCUUUUCCAUUUUUCCAAAGACCGAAAUAUAGGAUGUUGAGCAUUAGAAGUUGAAAUUAUAAGAAUUCUUUAGUUUUGUGGUUUAAUUACGUAAAACCAAUAACGGUGAGACCUAGUGCCAUUAUAAAUGAACUUUUAUCUGUUUUCAUAACUGGUCUCACUUGUUAAAAACUUAGAAAGUGCCACAUUUAGAAGUGUACAAUUAACUAAUAGAGAUUCUAGUAUUGUAUCUCAUUUUUUGUGCAGCAGGAAGUAGCAAGCCAGCUCUGCUAAAGAUUAAAAUUCUCUGCAGCUGCUGCUUGAAUACACAAAGGAUCCCUGCGGCUUUGUUGUCAGAAGGUCCUAACAAACCUAACAAGCUGUGCUGUCUUCUUCAAUUACCAACUCCAGUAAAGAAAAAUUUCUGUAAUAUUCCCUCGCCCGGCUCAAUUCGGCAUUUUUUUUAAUUGGAGACAGCAGCGGUUUUAUCCACUUUAUAUUACAGUAGACGAGGACUUAGGUUUAAAUGGGAAAGAUCCUGCUGAACACUUGCAUGGGCUUUGUGUGCUCCUGCAGUGACACCUUGAGUAUGUUUAACUAGAUGAUCAUAGAUUGAGAUGGAUUUUUAGUAAUUGUGAAUAUUUUUACACUUAAAUAGAUGAAGGCUUUUAGAUUAAUUGCAGUACAUAUUCAAAUAUCAGACAGCAUUUGAAAGACACUCAUUUCUGGGCUAAGGUUUUCUUUUAAUCACAUGCUCUGACUUUACAAGAAUACAUUUUCCAGUUCUGUCACCAGUAAGUUAUCUUUGCAUGGCAAGAUUUUUAAGAUAUCUGCAAAAUAAACUGGUAUGUGGUCUGUUUACUAAGAGCGUGAGAACAGAGCUAAAAUACGUGUACUGCCAGUUUCAAAUUAAAUUCCACAUGAUCACCACUUGGUGGCAGCACUCCGCAACAUUAAGACAGGAUCAAAGAAGACCUCAGUUGCUCUGACUUUUUUUUUUUCCUGAAAAAGUUUACAGAGUUUGCCAACAUAUCUCGUCGUAUCAGGUUUAUGAAAAACUUUAAUAUUAAACACUCAAAGUACAUGCACUGAAUUAAGUGAGCUGUAAACGUGUUUACCAGGUCUUCUUCAGGACUUAAGCAUUUAUAAAUGUUCAGCCAUGUACAGUAUGCUGUGGAGAACAAAUAUGCCAAAAGGAAAUGAUGUAAUCCUUCAGUAAAUCAUUCAUUAUUAAUAUAAACAGUCACUCAUGUGGGUAUGAUUUUUGGCAAAAUGGUCAUAGUUGUGAUUUUAGUGCAAUCCAAAGUCUAAAAGCAGAGAUGUGUGGUAUUGUGUUUGUGCAUGCUUGUGUCUGUGCAGCCAGUCAGUUCUCACGUCAAUAUCAUUAACUGAAUAUUUCUGGAUGUGUGGUUUGUGCAUUGAACUGGUGUGUUAUGGGGUUGCCCUCUGAACUCCUGUUACUCCUUUCAGUCAGUAUAACUUCAACAUGAGCACUUAAUUAUUGACAACAUUUUGCAAAGUUGACAUUACAUAUUUAUAGCAUCAUUUUCAGUGUUAUUUGGCAUUAUUUAUACAUUUGUGUCUUAUAGUUGUAAUUUAUUCUUUUAUUUAAUAAAUGCACUUCCCCAUGUUUUU